AUGGCCAAGUGCAAGUCACCAGCCAGAUCGGCAACCCAGGAGCAAGUAAGGAAACCUAAACUGGCCGGAAAAGUCAAGAAGCAGAAGAUUGGCCCGAAACUGAUCGAGGGUCGAUCGUUAACGCUUUUAAAAAAGGGAGAGGAGCUUGCUACCCUCUGCAAUGCCCAGGUCGCUGUGCUUAUUUAUGGCUUCAACGGCAGUGUGCAGACCUGGCCAAACAACUCGAACACCGUCAAAGACAUUUUAUUACAGUACAAGCACGCGGCCAGUAAGAAAAUAUCUGAGAGAUCAUUCAAAUCUAUGAAACAUAAAGUGGCUGAUACUACUGGAGAAGGGCUUAAUCAAAACCCUUGUUUUGAAGGGCUUGAUGAUCACACUGGUUAUAAGUUGCGGGAUGAGGAAUUUGGGAAGUUACCCCAGGAAUCAUUGAUGGGUUUGACUGGUAAUUUCUUAGAAUCCAAGGAACAGAAUUCGGACGAGACAAUCAACUUGAUUGAGGGUUCCUCACAACCUAUUGAGGGAUCAAAAGCUAUUGAUCAUCCUGACAACAAUAGUAAUUGUAACUCUCCUAUCGAGCUCGCUGAAAAUAUCUGGGAAGACCCGAUGUCUGAGGAUUUUGAUAAGGGCCAAACAUUGUUCACAGAUUCAAUUUGCCCAUGGCAAGCUUGUGAGUACACUGGUUUUGAUAGUGGUAUUGAGACUAGUACUAGUAACUCUUGUUUAGCAAAAUACCUACUACCCUAAUUCUCCCAGUAGUAUUGGGACUAGUACUAUUAGUAACACUGAUAGUGGGACUAGUACUA